AUGAGCCUUGGGCUGCAGGUAGGGAAGAGAAAAUGAAUUAGGGCAGCUGGGAGCUGGCGAAGAGAGCUUUGCAUACAGCCCUGGUGACCGCAGGAGGUGCCAGGCCCACGUCCUCUUUGGGGCAGUGCUUAGACACGCACAGUUAUGUUAGGGAUUCUGAAAAGUGUCUGAAUUUGUUUUAAAAUAGGAAGAAGGGAAAUAGAACCUUUUAAGCGUCUGUAUGUUAGGUGUUUCGUUUUUCGAGACAGGGUUUCUCUGUGUAGUCCAGGCUUGCCUGGAAUUCACUUUUUAGAGCAGGCUAGCCUUGCCUUUGGAAAUCAGCCUGAAUCUGCCUCCCUGAAUGCUGGGGUUAAAGGUGUACAUCACCACUAUCUGGCAAGAUAUUAGUAUUUCUUUACCACAGAGUAUUAAAUGGUAAUUUUUAAUAUUUCUGUGGCUGCACAGUCUCAGUAAGGUGAAAAAUGGCUGGGUCCUCCAUCGUCACGUUCCUGGGACCCAGAAGAAAGAGGAGGAGUGGAAUCUGAACCCCUAGCGCAGGACAAUGGCGACACUCUGCAAGGAAGCAGGCCAUGUAGCCUAAGGGUCAAGGGUCAGCCCAAGUCAGGGUUCAGAGGGAGGAGGCAGGCUGAACCAGUAUCCAAGGCCAUAGGGGCCAGGAAAUUAGGCCAGGGAGGAACCAAAGGCAGUGGGACAAGGCCCUCAGCCUGCGCACCUCGGGCAGCCAGAGUGCUGGUAGGUGCCACCCGUCUGACCUCCCACCGGAUACCGAGGUCACUGCGCCUGCGCAAUUCAGCCCUGGGCGCGUGGGACUCCUUAGGACCUUGGGCCAAGGGAUUCCAAUUCUGCCACUGCUGUAUCCAAAAAGUCCUUUCUGGUUAACUGGACAGUUCAACUCCUUCUGAGUGAGAGAGAAGAGGUCGUGUGCACUUACCUGUCCAGAAUAUUGCAUUGAAAACCGGCACAAACUUGUUUAAAACAAAGGAAGCACAGUGAAGAAAAUCACAUUGGUUUGAUCCUGGAGUUUGUACUGUACUUGACUCACAAGGCCCAAGGACUGAGAGGAGUCACAUUCAAUUGAGCUGUCUCCAGAGGACGAAAACCUUCUUCAACCUGCAACAUGCCCUACUCAUUUGACUGGGUUUGCAAGGACGUGGUCAAAAAACUUCAAGGAAAAGAUUUGAGUCCUGUCACUCGUCUGUCAGAUGCAAUGAAGUUCCGGCAGUUUGCAAUACUGCAGAGGACUCCUCAGUCACUGUUUUGGAAAUCUGAAGAUACUCCUGUUGGAUAUUCCCUCUUGCAGAUUUUAGAGCCAAAUCUUCCAGUUCCAGAGUCUGAGGUGUCAGCUCCCAUCCCCCUCAAACACACUGUGUCCCAGAAACUGAAGGCUAACACGGGUGUCAACGCCGUUGCAGAAGGAAGCGUGUCAGCAGCUUAUGUUAAGUCCUGUGGAUAUGAAAUUGAGGUUCAGUGUACCAGCAUCCCAGACUCAAACCUGGAAAGUCUUCAGAACAGGAAACUUCUGGAUAAGGAGCCAUCAUUUGUGCAGGAUUGCCGGAUGGGAAGGAAGGACCUGUAUGUGGUGACAGAGGCCUUUGAAGUGACCAAGGACACUGUGCUGGAAGGCAGUAGCAGUGUUGACCUGUCAGGAAAAGCGCUCAUCCCCCAUGUUGCCAAGGCUCAAGCCCAGGGACAGUGGCAAAGGGAGACAACGGAUUCAGUGCCUAUCCAGAAGGGUGCGGUGGUGGCCUACAAGAAGAAGCAACUUGUCAUUGAGAAUGACACUUGUGCCAUUCUCCUUUCUGCCAAAGCUAAGAAGAAAACCUUUGUACGUAUGCUACCUAGGAUGCUAAAAGGUUUUGCUGCCUCAGCUGAGGGUUCCACGGAAUAUUCUGCAACCAUUAAGAUGCAGCCAUGUUCUAGAAGACAGCUAGACUGGAAGAUCAAUUACAUCUCUCCAAUUGGAAGGAUAGAGGAACCCUUCCAGCAAGAUUUCAAGCACCUACAAAAUGAGGUUUCUGGAAAAACAGAGCAACUGGCCAUGCUUUCAAAGGAUGUUCAAGAAGCUGUGUUCUCUAGCCUGCUGCCUAUGUUCAGUGACAGGGAGAUUCUGGAUGACCUGAUGAACAAGCUGGAACUUGAUCAGUUUGGGCAUAUGGAUGACCCAGGUGAUGCGAUCCUAGAUCAGCUGCGAGAGGGCUCCAUACCGCCAUGGAUCGACUUCAGGAACCUCCUUCUUUAUCUCCUUCAAGCCCUAAUGGUGCUGAGUGAUACCCAACUCAAUCUGCUGGCCCAGUCCAUGGAGAAGAGGCUCCUCCUCCAUCAACGAGAGCUGGUAAAGAGCAUCCUGCAGCCGAACUUCAAGUAUCCCUGGAAGAUCCCCUUCACUCUCCAGCCUCAGCUUCUUGCCCCACUCCAGGGUGAAGGCUUGGUCAUUACUUAUGAAUUGCUGAAGGAGUGUGGUCUGGAGAUGGAGCCGAAUAAUCCCAGGUCAACUUGGGAUCUGGAAGCCAAGAUGCCCCUGUCUGCCCUUUAUGGGAGCCUGUCAUUUCUGCAGCAACUUGUAGAAGCCUAAAUCUCCCUCAAAGCCUGGCCCCAGCCCAGUCCGUACCGUGUCCAGGAUAUGUUUGAGAUAUGAUAACCACGGUAUCCAUGGAAAUGAUGAUUUCUGUGCAUGUUCUAGAUGGUAGGAAAAGGAUGCUAAGUGUUUUUUGAUAUUACUAUUCAUUCAUAUUAAUGUAAAUAAUCUAUCCUGAUUAUAUUCUUCUCUCUCAUUUAAUUUACUAAUUAUGUAUACAGCAUUCUGCUUGUAUAUACCCCUGCUGACCAGAAGAGGGCACCAGAUCUUACUAUAGAUG